AUGAAUGAAGCCCCACGUGAGGGAAGUAAAUUCCUGUUCAAUCAUCAAUCCUUCAUAGCAUUAAUGUCGGCCUCCAUUGUGGCGUCGGUCAUUUCCCUCAUUGGCGCCGGGCUCGCCAUUCUCGGUUACGGGUACCUGUGGUUUUACCACCGACAACCGGCCAAUCGGGUCUCGCUACGGUGUGUCUUUCUAGCGAGUGUAAUGAAUGUGCUAAAAGGCAUGUUCGAUAUAGCCAAUGUACUCUCCGUGGGUGACACAGUCUACUGUCACGCCGGCGCUGUCAUUGUCCUGUUUUUAAAAAUCACAAGCGCAGCUUUAUUGGCUGUCGUCGGCCUUAAUCUGGUCCUUAUUUUCGUUAUUAAUGUCAAACGCUCCGACCUUUUGGAAUUGUUCUACUAUCCCGGCAUCUUGCUAUAUUCCUUUGUCACCAUCGUCGUCCCCAUUUAUCUGGAAUCCCGCAUCGGCUCGUCCAACGGUAACGAAUAUGUUUGCUGGUACUACACUCAUUACUAUCUGAUCGACGGUUUCAGUGAUUUCUUUUGGAUGUGGUUUUAUGGCUUCGUUUUUGGCAUCAUUGUCAUAGCGGUGGUAUGUUCCGUCAUUGCCAUGUACAAACUUAUCAAAGAGUUUCCGUCAUUCCGCGGAAAUCAAGCAACCGACGAUCAAACUCGCGAUGCGCCUGCACAACCGAGUAUAUUUGGUAAAGUUGUUUUACGCUGCAUUCUUUAUCCUCUAGUUCCUUUUAUUGUCAAUAUUUUCGGAUUUGUUAUGCAACUUUUGAUCAGUUCUGAUCGGUCCCCCUAUGCCUUGGCCAUGAUUGACGUGAUUUUCUCCAAUCUAGAAGGAUUGUUUAUCGCUUGUGUCUUUUUCAGCGAUCCUGCCAUUGCUACGCUUCUCAAAGACCGAUUAAAGUCGUGGCGCAAAGAUUAUCUCGACAAAUUCAGUGAAAUCGAAAGCUACGAUGAAGGACGUGCCCGAUUUUCGCAAACUGUGUCCGUGUCGAGUGUUCCGAGCACGCAUUCGAAAGACCACGGUUUGUCACCCCCACUAUCCGCGCGAAGAAUGCAACCUCGAGGUGGUGCCGCCGACCAAGAAGGAACGCAGCGCAAUAGUACGUUUUGGUCGCAUUUCAACAAAGAUGACCCAUUCCCAAGCGCAGUGCCUAUGCAUCAAUUGAGUAUGCACGACGAUCAUUCUUCGCACGAACUUCCCUCUUUGGACGCUUAUGUGUCAGCGAAAAACCGGGAACUGAAAUCGUUCCGUUCCUUCGGCCAACCUCAAUUCCCUUCUUCCCUUCCGCCAAUCCCCAGUCAUAAGUCCUCCUCUGAUGCAUUCAAACCCCGUGAAUCGUCUUCAUCAUCAUCACAAGAUCAUCCAGCGUUCGGUUCCGAUACGACAGAAAAUGACUCCACAUGA